AUGGGGAUUUGCUUUAGCGGUGAAGAACAGUAUCAAUAUUCUCAACAACAACAACAAGCGUAUCAAAAGAAAACAACAGAGAAAUCAGGAAGGAAUAAUUCCGAUGUGUAUCUGAUGAAUUCCGAUUGUCGUGAUUCCGUUGGUAAAGCGAGUGCAAGUGGCGGCGGCGGCUUGCCUUUGGCUCCUAAGAACGUCAAAGAUCUUCAAUCAAACCCAGGUUACGAAAAUGUCGAUGUUUUCUCAUACGAAGAAAUGAAGAUCGCUACGAAGCAAUUCAGGCCAGAUUACAUUCUUGGUGAAGGAGGUUUUGGUGUUGUCUAUAAAGGAAUCAUAGAUGAGAAUGUGAGGAAUGGUUACAAGUCGACGAAAGUCGCGAUUAAAGAAUUGAAUCCUGAAGGGUUUCAGGGAGAUAGAGAAUGGUUGGCUGAAGUUAACUAUUUAGGUCAGCUUAGUCAUCCGAAUCUUGUUAAACUCAUUGGUUAUUGCUGUGAAGAUGAUCAUAGAUUGUUAGUUUAUGAAUACAUGGCGUUGGGGAGUUUGGAGAAGCAUCUUUUUCGUAGAGUUGGAUGCACUCUGACAUGGUCGAAAAGAAUGAAGAUUGCUUUAGAUGCAGCUAAGGGUCUUGCGUUUCUUCACGGUGCUGAACAGAGUAUCAUAUAUCGUGAUCUGAAGACGGCGAAUAUAUUGUUGGACGAGUGUUACAAUGCGAAACUCUCGGAUUUUGGACUUGCGAAAGAUGGUCCAAGAGGAGAUCAAACGCAUGUGUCGACUCGUGUUAUGGGUACUUACGGAUACGCUGCUCCUGAGUAUGUAAUGACAGGACAUUUGACAUCGUUGAGUGAUGUUUAUGGAUUCGGGGUACUUCUCCUUGAGAUGCUUCUUGGGAAGAGGGCGAUGGACAAAAGCAGACCUUGCCGGGAACAUAACUUGGUAGAGUGGGCACGACCGUUGUUGAAUCACAAUAAAAAGCUUUUGAGGAUCAUAGACCCUCGAAUGGAUGGACAGUAUGCCACUAAGGCGUUGAUGAAAGUAGCCGGUUUGGCUUACCAAUGCCUCAGCCAAAACCCGAAAGGAAGACCCGUCAUGAAUCAUGUGGUAGAAGUCCUCGAGACUCUCAAGGAAGACGGUGAUGCUCAGGAGGAAAUCAUGACUAAUCUCCACACCAGGGGCAAGUCUGUAACCUUGUAUGAAGCUCCUAGUGACUCGCAAGGCACGAGAAAUGGGGAUGGGCAAAGGAGGAGAAGACCAGAAAGUGGUAGAAGCAAGAGCGAAGCUGCAGUCGACACUGACCAGUAUGUUUCUGCUCUUGUUUCAGAAUUGGAUUCUACUAAAAUUUAA